ACCAAGAUGGCGGCGCCCAGUGUUUUACAGCAAAUCUGUGAAACCCCUGGGUGUGGUACAGAAGCUAAGCUCCAGUGCCCGACAUGUAUCAAACUAGGGAUCAGUGGCUCUUUCUUUUGCUCUCAGACAUGCUUCAAGGGAAACUGGGGAGAACACAAAAAACUGCACAAGAAGUCUAAAUCUGAAAACAGUGAAUCAAAUUCCUUUAACCCAUGGCCUGGCUUCCGCUUCACAGGGCCAUUGAGGCCCGCUCCUGUGACUCCAGUAAGGGAGGUGCCUGACCACAUACCCAGACCUGAUUAUGCUGACAAUACAGAGGGUAUUCCAAUCUCCGAACGCCAGUUCCGUGGAACAACAAGCAUCAAAGUUUUGGAUGAUGAAGAGCAAGAAGGGAUGAGAGUAGCUUGUCUGCUGGGGAGAGAGGUUCUGGAUGUUGCAGCUAAAAUGCUAAAAGUGGGUGUGACCACAGAGGAGAUUGACAAAGCUGUGCAUGAGGCCUGUAUUGAUCGAGAGUGCUAUCCUUCUCCCCUGAACUAUUAUCAGUUCCCCAAAUCCUGCUGCACAUCUGUGAAUGAAGUUAUUUGUCAUGGUAUACCUGAUCAGAGACCAUUGGAGGAUGGAGACAUCCUUAACGUUGAUAUAUCAGUAUAUCACAAGAGUUUCCAUGGAGAUCUGAACGAAACAUUCUUUGUUGGGAAUGUUGAUGAGAAGAGUAAGAAGCUAGUGAAGACCACGUAUGAGUGUUUAGCCAUGGCUAUCAAUGAAGUGAAGCCAGGUGUACGCUAUCGUGAGAUGGGUAAUAUCAUUCAGAAGCACGCUCAAGCUAAUGGGUUCUCUGUGGUGAGGAGCUACUGUGGCCAUGGCAUUCAUCAAUUAUUCCACACCACUCCAAGUGUGCCACACUAUGCCAAAAACAAAGCCAUUGGUAUAAUGAAGCCAGGUCACUGUUUUACCAUAGAGCCAAUGAUCUCGGAAGGUACUUGGCGUGAUGAGACAUGGCCAGACAACUGGACAGCGGUCACUCAGGAUGGAAAGCGGUCAGCCCAGUUUGAACACACAUUGCUGGUGACAGAGACAGGCUGCGAGGUCCUGACACGACGCAGAGAAAACGACGGCAAACCUCACUUCCUCGACCAGAUGUGAUAAUAUAAAUGGCCUGUGGUGUGUUCAGACGAAAUUCUAUUUAUGACUAGUACAUUGCUUCCUCUCCCCCCCAUCGUCACAAGGAUGGACAGAUUGGGUUCCCAAGAACAUAUUUAUUUUGUCAAAAAGAUAGUCGUGAAAUGAGGUUUAUGCCUGAAAAAAAACUGUUAAAUGUGGGUAAAAUUAAAAGAGAAUCAGAAAAGCUUCAUUUUGUACAUGGCACGAUAUACUUGUGUGAAAAAUGUUGAAUUUGAUGUAUUAUUCGUUCCCAGUUUUAUCAGAAUUCACUACCAGAAUAGUUGAAAGAUUAAAGCAGACAGAAGAUGAAAAACAAAAACGUGAUAAUUUCUUGUACUAUAGAUUUUCAUUGUGGUUGUCUGAAUACCAUAGCGUUGUUACCAUGUUGAUACCUCAUUCUUGUGUCAUGUAUAGAUUUGCUACGUUUCUUACGGCCUAUUAUUCUGCAUGGCCUUCCUCUUCAUAGCCAUCUGGCUAGCAGGCCAGUAUGUGUGUGCUCUUAUGGCAUGCCACUGCUGACGGGUAGUCUGUUGUAGUUACAUAUAAUAGCUUUGUAAAUGAUCACGAUGGUUUUGCAAGGUUGUCUAACCCAUAAGCCAGAUAAUUGUCAUGAAUGGUUCUGUAGUACAGAUUGCGCAGGACAGGUCGUAUGUGGAGACAAACAAAGGCACUCAACAAUUUAUGUCUAUGCCACAAGAUUACAGAUGUUGUGAUUUUCGGGAAUGCAGCUCAGUUUUAGUCUGUGACAUGGAACAAUUUGAGUCCAAGUAAGUUUCAGGCCCUGGGAUCACAAAGCGAUCUUAGACUUAAGUCAAAAUUUUAAUCAUUAAAGUCAAUUCUGUUAUUUUAGAUGAGAUUUGCUGUACAACAACUUACCCAGAACUUAUGCUGUUAAGCUAUGUUUUGAGCUUGUUAGGUCAGAAAUAGCAAUUUUAAUGAGAUUUGAAAUUUUGACUUAAGUCUGAGAUUGAUGAUCCUGGGGCCUGGUCCUGGUGUGACAAAGAUUUUCUUUAAAAUUUGACAAAAUAUAUGUGACUGUGUAAGGUUGCAAUGUGUAAAUACAGAUAUAGCCACAAUUGUUGGUUUGCCCGGCAACCAAGAAAUCACACAUACUCGAAAAAGAUAUCUCAUUAAAACGAUACUGAUAUUCUGGGCAUGUACAGAUUGGUGGCCAUUUUGAUACACCAGUAUGUUUAUAGAUUCAAGGUACGCAUUUCACAGCUAAGUGCUAAUUCUUUUCCUCAGAUAUUUCUUUUCUUGAAGCGUCCUGAUAUGAUAGUCAUGUAGUCAUGGUGGGUAAAGCCCACCAUUUCUGUGUAUAACAUUGUCAUUACCUGACUGUACCUGAGCCUUGCUGAAAUAUUGACCUGAAUUCCACACCUUUCCUUAACACCAUGUCACAAACAUGAACCUGGUACCAGUUUGUCAAAGAUUUCACUCUGCUAACUGUUCACAUGUACAUAUUGUGUGAAUCACAAACAUGAACAAGGUACCAGUUUGUCAAAGAUUUCACUAUGCUGAAUGUUUACAUGUGCAUAUUGUGUGAAUCACAAACAUGAACAAGGUACCAGUUUGGCAAAGAUUUCACUAUGCUGAAUGUUUACAUGUGCAUAUUGUGUGAAUCACAAACAUGAACAAGGUACCAGUUUGGCAAAGAUUUCACUAUGCUGAAUGUUUACAUGUGCAUAUUGUGUGAAUCACAAACAUGAAUGAGGUACCAGUUUGGCAAAGAUUUCACUAUGCUGAAUGUUUACAUGUGCAUAUUGUGUGAAUCACAAACAUGAAGAAGGUACCAGUUUGGCAAAGAUUUCACUAUGCUGAAUGUUCACAUGUGCAUAUUGUGUGAAUCACAAACAUGAACGAGGUACCAGUUUGGCAAAGAUUUCACUAUGCUGAAUGUUCACAUGUGCAUAUUGUGUGAAUCACAAACAUGAACGAGGUACCAGUUUGGCAAAGAUUUCACUAUGCUGAAUGUUCACAUAUUGUGUGAACCACAAACAUGAACAAGGUACCAGUUUGGCAAAGAUUUUACUAUGCUGAAUGUUUACAUGUACAUGUUGUGUGAAUCACAAACAUGAACGAGGUACCAGUUUGUCAAAGAUUUCACUAUGCUGAAUGUUUACAUGUGCAUAUUGUGUGAACCACAAACAUGAACAAGGUACCAGUUUGGCAAAGAUUUUACUAUGCUGAAUGUUUACAUGUACAUGUUGUGUGAAUCACAAACAUGAACGAGGUACCAGUUUGGCAAAGAUUUCACUAUGCUGAAUGUUCACAUAUUGUGUGAACCACAAACAUGAACAAGGUACCAGUUUGGCAAAGAUUUCGCUAUGCUGAAUGUUUACAUGUACAUGUUGUGAGAAUCACAAACAUGAACGAUGUACCAGUUUGGCAAAGAUUUCACUAUGCUGAAUGUUUACAUGUGCUUGUUGUGUGAAUCACAAACAUGAACAAGGUACCAGUUUGGCAAAGAUUUCACUAUGCUGAAUAUUUACAUGUACAUAUUGUGUGAAUCACAAACAUGGAUGAGGUACCAGUAUGGCAAAGAUUUCACUAUGCUAACUGUUCACAUGUACAUAUUGUGUGAAUCACAAACAUGAACAAGGUACCAGUUUGUCAAAGAUUUCACUAUGCGGAAUGUUCACAUGUGCAUAUUGUGUGAAUCACAAACAUGAACAAGGUACCAGUUUGGCAAAGAUUUCACUAUGCUGAAUGUUUACAUGUACAUAUUGUGUGAAUCACAAACAUGGAUGAGGUACCAGUAUGGCAAAGAUUUCACUAUGCUGAAUGUUUACAUGUACAGUGUGCUUGUUGUGUGAAUCACAAACAUGAACGCGGGUACCAGUCUGGCAAAGAUUUCACUAUGCCAAAUGUUCACAUAUUGUGUGAAUCUCAAUAUGUAGGAAUGUCACAAGCAUGAACCUGGCACCGGUUUGACAAACAUUUCACUGUGCUGAAUGCCUACAUGUCGUGUGAAUACAUAUGUGGCUCUUAUUAAGCAAUGGUGAGCAUCAUUUCCUCGAUGGAUCAAAAGUGAUGUGGUUGCUGUUACCAUUCUGCUGUACACAGCUGUGCUUCAUUGGGGUUUUGUUAACUGUUCCAAUACAAAACUGUUUUAAUCCCUGGCAGUUCAAGAGUUGUGUAAACAGUUUGUUCACUUAACUGGAUAUGUUUAUACUUACUGGUGUAUUUUUUAAUGAUUUUAUGUAAUAAAAUUCACAGACAUUACAACCUAAGAUUUGCUUUUCCUUUUUGAGCAGUGAGAGUUUAUCUAGGGCAUUAAGUAUUAUUAU